UCAUACUUUGAUCAUCGCAAGGGCCUGAUCAUCUCGUGGUGCCCGCAAGGCCCCACCGUACAUGUGAUACCAAACGCGUCGGCCCAUCGGCAGUGGGUACAACUUUACCUGCGUGCAAACAAUACUAGUCAUACUUAGGCCUCCAAGUAAUCGAUGGCGAAUCCUUCAAGGAUCUCAUGUUUGCACAUUUACUUGUCCUGCGAGCUCCUCCAUGUGUAUGAACACCGAGUCGUCGUCAAAGACUUCGAGCAGAACACGGUGACGUCUCCUGCAUGCCACACAUACACCAACCAUUCCGUUUGUCAGUUAGCUGGCUUCACUCACGGAUUCGCAGGCAUUUUGAAGCCCAUUGUCUCGAAAAGCACCUCACGCUGCCUGGUGGUGAUCGUUGGCGAGGUAUAUCGCUGUGUGGCCCCCCGACCAGACACCGUCAGUCGGAGGAAAGGGUCACAGGCUGUGUGUUUCGGGAGUGUCAAGCCGCCUGCGGCCAAUGGGUGCUCGUCAAGGACGGGCAGGAAAUCAGCAAAGGCGUACCUACGACGCCGCAGGAUACCAGGCCGCAGUCGUGUCCAGCCUUCUAGGGGUUCGGGUGAUGAAGAGAGGAGGGUGGGUGCUGUGAGACCUGGGCUUACAAGUAGUAGUCGACCAAAGCACCCUUGUCUGAUGCAUCGCGGAAGCCUCUUGCCUUCCUCAUCUUGGUCAGAGCUUCCGAGGUCAUUUCCUCUGGCCAGUGGACCUUUUCGUCGGGAGGGCACCACAUGUCCACCUGAAGGACGACCUGCAGAGAGACGUACAAUGACGGAUUGCGUGCCUCGCUGCACACAUGUCGACACGCUCACUUCUCCUGCAAGUUGUCCGUUGUGUGUAUCGCGAAGCUGGGCUUUUGCCAUCCAUGGAUGUCCGGUCCCUUUGACGUGCUCGUAGAACUCAUCAACCGACUCCUCCCACUCGCCAACCUUUUGUGGUGUCUGAGGCGAGGUUGGGGGACAACAAUCUAGUGAUCAGAGGCAACCGGCUAAUGGCUACUGUCUUAUCGCACCUUUUCUGUGGCCGGAUCUCUCCUGUCUCUCCCUUGUAAUUUGGUCUUCUUCUCACUUGCCGGGCCGCUUUCGGUCUCCAGCACAGCCUUUUGGGCCACGAGCUGCCGCAUUUGAUGCAUAAGCAGCGUACACGUAGUGACAUCUGCCUCGUAUCUCACCUUCUUCUCGGCCUGGUAGAGAAAUGCCUCCACUUUUAGGCUGCAGGGAUUGUUGUCAGAUCAAAUCAUUAGGGGACACGCAGAAUUUGGUCUCCUCACCUUAGCGCCAUGAGGUUCUCGGUUGUCUUAUCCGGCAGCACGAAUGGCUCGGGGUUCCACCCUUGUACUCGAUGGCCAAGCAUGAUGGUGCAAUGGUCGUCUUUCGAUGGUUCACCAGCUGGCGACACCUGUGUCUGGCCGUCCAGCCUCAGCUUCACCAUGGCCGUCAUGUCUCUACCCAUGCUCAUAAGGGUCAGCUGCAUAGGAUUGUGCACAGUGGAUGUCAUGACCGGCUUCGCGCGAUCGUGUUUACCUGAUGUACAGUGACGUUGACAUUGUAGAUUUUCAGUGGCACAUCGUCGGCCUCGCGUGCCCUCUGGGCGAGAGCGACCAGGUCCGGUUGGUCCUCAAGCGAUUUCACCACUUGGUAGACCACAGUCAGCUGACUGGCAGCGUUACUUUUGCUGCGAUCGGGCCACCAGCCGCCGUGUCUCUCCAAAGGCAGUAUCUUCCUGGCGAUCACAGGACAUGGCGACAAUUGCAUCGUGAUUUGACGCCAGUGUCAUAGAGAGCGUUUUCAUGCCUCGUGACGUUGCAUGGCCCUGCCAGCUUCAGUGUCGCCCUCCCCAGGAGAUCAUCUGCCGAUAACGUGUCCUUAUCGUACACGGCCAGCCGCACCUCUAUCGGCCCUGGUGGCACCGGGACCUCCCACCUGUGUCGACAGACAAGCAAGGAGGAUACACAGGUGGGCCUUGCUCUGUUGGCGGUGCGCAGAAGGAGAGAACUUACACGUCCUCCCACACCGGAUUGAGGCUGUUGCGGACCACCUCGGUCUUGUGCUCCUUCUGCUGAAAGUGUACCACCACGUAGGGAUCAGAACGCCCCAAUGUGUCAGCAGCAGGGAGAUUCGAGGCAGAAUGGACCAACAGCCGCAAGAAGCACAGACUAGGCCCGCCGUCUCUCUCCAGGGUUGCAGAUGUACCAUCUGCAGUAGUCGCCGCCUCGCAGAACGGCCAGGCACACGUGCCCAGGAAGCCUCCUCCAAAGCCCACACGUAAGCCGGCAAAGUGGGGAAGUGGCCUUGGCAGUCCCAU